GGCCGCCAGCGCCGGGGCGCGAGGAGGGGUGAGGGCGCGGGUCCUGGCGGCGCGGAAAACGCGCCAAGUUUCCCGUGGUGGGGAGAGCGGCGCCGGGGCGCCCCGCGGUCUCCAUGGCAACCGGCGGGCGACGGCGGCGGCCCGCGGUCCCCCGGCAUGUAGCGGUGUGAGCCCCCAGCGCUGCUCCCCGGCCGGGCCGGCCGACUCCCCACCUCGCCCGCCCGCCAGGAAAGAUGCCCGGCGUCCUGCCGAGUGACAGCGCCGGGCCUGCGAGAGGGAGCCCCUCCAAGAAGAACCGGCUUUCCCUGAAGCUCUUCCAAAAAAAGGAAGCGAAAAGAGCGCUGGAUUUUACCGAGUCCCAGGAAAAUGAACAAAAGAGUUCCGAGUUCCGAGGCUCUGAGAUUGACCAGGUUGUUCCCGCAGCGCAGCCUCCCGCGCUUGUUAGCUGUGAGAAGAGAGACAACAUGUUGCCUUUUGUGGGCUUGAACAAUCUGGGUAACACUUGUUACCUUAACAGCAUACUUCAGGUAUUAUAUUUUUGUCCUGGUUUUAAAACUGGAGUAAAACACUUAUAUAACAUAAUUUCAAAGAAGAAAGAAUCUUUGAAGGAUGAAGGAGAGCAAAAAGCAGAAAAGGGAAGCUGUAAAGAAGACCCACUGGCAAGUUACGAACUAAUCUGCAGUUUGCACUCAUUGAUUCUUUCAGUUGAGCAGCUUCAAGCCAGCUUUCUCUUAAAUCCAGAAAAAUACACAGAUGAACUUGCUACUCAGCCCCGAAGGCUACUAAAUACGCUUAGAGAGCUCAACCCUAUGUACGAAGGCUACUUGCAGCAUGAUGCUCAGGAAGUUCUGCAGUGUAUCCUGGGUAACAUUCAAGAAACAUGUCAGCUACUGAAGAAGGAAGAAUUGAACAAACUGCCCGUGGAAGAGCCUACGGCUAAACCGGAGGAAAAACUGCAUGAAAAUACUGAGAGCAAUGGAAUUGGCAACGCUGCCGAGGAGGAGGAUAAUGUAGCCGGUAGCCAGGUUGGAGAGAUAGUUGAAGACAAGCUCCUCAAAGGAAAUGGGAAAAGAAAAAGCGACGCUGAGGGUGGCAACGCAAAGAAAAAAUCCAAAGUAUCCAAAGAGCAAAUUGCAGCAGAAGAAAAUCAAAGACAAACCAGGUCAAAGAGGAAAGCGACGGGAGAAAAGCUAGAAAAUCAAACCGAUGCCAUUGCCAAGUGUUCCGGUGAAAACGAGAGCGCAAAGCCAACACAGAAAAAGUCACGGCUUAGAUUAAACUGGUUAAAAUCUUCAUGCAAACAGCCUAGCAUUCUGUCUAAAUUCUAUAGUCUAGGGAAGUUAACUACAAACUUGGGAUCCAAAGAUCCAGGGAAAGAGUACGAUGACUGCGAGCUUGAAGAGUCAUCCGUAAAGUGUGAAAACGGUAACAAUAUUAAAGAAGAAUAUCAUGAACCAGCAUCUCCUGUGGAAAGCCAUAAUGAAAAAGGAACUGAAAAGGAACCAAAAAAGGAAGGUACGGAACUGGCUGUUUUUGAGCUAGUGGAGAAACUGUUCCAGGGCCAGUUAGUUCUGAGAACAAGAUGCUUGGAGUGCGAGUGCUUUACUGAAAGAAGAGAAGAUUUUCAGGACAUCAGUGUUCCCGUGCAAGAAGAUGAACUUUCUAAAACUGAAGAGAGUUCUGAAAUUUCUCCAGAGCCAAAAACAGAAAUGAAGACUCUUAAAUGGGCAAUUUCACAGUUCGCAUCGGUGGAAAGGAUUGUGGGAGAGGAUAAAUAUUUCUGCGAAAACUGCCAUCAUUACACAGAAGCAGAACGCAGCCUUUUAUUCGAUAAAAUGCCUGAAGUUAUAACAAUUCAUUUGAAGUGCUUUGCUGCUAGUGGCUUAGAGUUUGAUUGCUACGGCGGACUGUCCAAGAUAAACACUCCCUUGUUGACGCCUCUCAAACUGUCCCUAGAAGAAUGGAGCACGAAGCCGACCAACGACACCUACGGAUUGUUUGCGGUGGUGAUGCACAGCGGCAUUACCAUUAGCAGUGGACACUACACAGCUUCUGUCAAAAUUACAGACCUUAAUAGCCUGGAGUUAGAUAAGGGAAACUUCAUCACUGACCAAAUGUACGAAAUGAUUAAACCAGAACCACUGAAUGAGGAGGAGGCAAGAACUGUUGCGGAAGACUACGAUGAUGGUGAAGUCUCUUUUCGAGUCAACGGAAACGCACAGCCGGGUAAAGUUCUGAACAAAAAGAACAUGGAAGCUGUCGGACUUCUUGGGGGGCAGAAGAGCAAAUCUGACUGUGACCUGUACAACAACAAACCAGCCAACCCUGAGAAGUUUCUUAAUGUAGUUACUGAAAACAGAAACCCCGAGUCUGGCGGCACUAGCGGGGGCGCGGAGGGCAGCGCGGAGCACAGCCAGCAAAACGGGGCGGGUUCCAGCGGACUAGAGAACAAAGCUCUGUACGUGCUGCAGAGCCUGAAAGAGUACGAAGGCAAGUGGUUGCUUUUUGAUGAUUCUGAAGUGAAGGUUACAGAAGAAAAGGACUUCCUCAAUUCUCUUUCUCCGACAUCGUCAUCUACAUCGACUCCUUACCUACUGUUUUAUAAGAAAAUUGUAGAGUGAUACUGUAUUUUGACUGUAAAUAUUAGGGAUUUGCAUACACCCAUUGGUCUGAUUUGCAUCCAAACUACCUGGAAGAAGCAGCUCUUUGGUUUUGAAGCUACUGGAUCAUUAUGUUUCUGGUCUUUUUUGUUCAGUGUAAGUGGCUCAACUUGAAUUAACAAACCAUGACAUAGAACUUAACUCACAUAAUAACUUUUAUGCUGGAGAAUAGAAUUCUAAAAUACUACCAUUUAGAAAUACCAAUUUGUAUAGUUCCUAAAUGAUGCCUACAGCACACGGUAGUGGUUUUAACACAAUUCUAGGUCUCAGACAUGCCUAUUGUAUUAUUAGCUUCAUUUUUUUUUUUUAAAUAAAAGUUAUUUGUAUUCAUAUUCUGGAGUAAAUGUAUAUUAACUAGCAAAUUUCAUCAGAAGUUGUGUAUUUUUGUAACUUGGGAAGUAAUACUUCAUAUUUAGUCUUUGGGUAAUCGACGUGGUUUAUUGAUGACAUUUUCCUUACCCAGUUCUAUACUGCUCGGUGCGACUCAAAAGCACAGGAAAAGGGUCCUGUAACCUUGUUUAGUGUAUUGGAAGGAACCGAACUUCAUAGAAAUGUUUGAAUGGUCUAAUUUACAUCUUGUUGCAUAGGUGUUAAAUGGGCAACGUGUAAAUAGGUGUGAUUAAUACUUCAGGGGGAGCGUGUAGUGUAAUUAAAAUAAUUUUUGUACUUCGAAGAGUAAAGCCCUCUAAUAUGCAUAUCUGUUUGGGUGGAUUUGGAACUUAGUGGUGAUCUUAUAACAGUUAAGUUGUACUUGGAGCUCACUGAAAUGUGGGGAAAACAAAAGCAUUUGGCUUGAUGCUUUGUUAAGAAUGUAUAUAUGAAAUAAAAAAAACUAUGAUAUGCAGCUGAGACGACUAGAUCAGACUUUUGUGUUUGGAGAGGGAAAAGUGGAGAGUGAAAGUGGCUGGGCAUUUUUACAAAAAGUUUGGGAAGGUAUCUGUCUUGAAGAUUGGAAGUGCUUUAAAAAAUAGCAUUCUCUUUUUUUAACUGAUUCUUGAACAGCGCAUCAUAAUUCGAAGCGACUUGCUGACUAGAGGUAAGGUUCAGAGGCAAGGGAAGGUGAGAUUAUUGUAAAAACAAGUGGACUGUUUGGCAUUAAAUACUGGAGAUUAAAAUCCUAAACUGCAAACAAUUGAAAACAAAUAUGACCCAAAGCAGGAUGAGUGUUACUUCUGCUGUCGUAGGAUGGAUGGAACGACACGAAGUGCUGCUGCACAGAAGCGAGGAAAAAUACACAAGGUGUGAGUAUGCCCUAGUUUCCUGGAUAUAUUUAAACUUUUUCAAAUAAAAAUUCAUUUAUUUACAGGAAAAGCCCUAGAAACCUCUACCUAGUUUAUUCUCCAAUACUUGGGGGUUUUACAGUCUUUUAUUAUAAUGUACCAUAAACACUGAAGUAACUCAUGAAAAAUAGUGUGUUUUCCAUGUUAAAGGUGGACCUCUGAUUUUUGUACGGGCCUUGAUUUUGCUGUCUAUCCUAGAUGAUGAUGUACUACUAAAAUAUGUUUCAGUCUAAAAAGCUCGUACUGUCAAUAGCAAACAGUGGAAGAAAGGCUGGACUAAAUUCGGAGCCGUUUAUAAAGUCAUGCUGAAUAGAUCUCUGUAGGAAUUACUUUGUACAGAAGAGGAAAAGCUGGAAUUACAAAUUCACUAAGACCCUUCCCUUUUCCAAAGCACUGUCACCAUAAUAAAUAAUUUUGUGUCUAAACAGAGACUUAUACAUUAAAAAAAAUCACCAAAAAAUAAGUGUAAUCUUACCUUGCAAGGGUAGCCAAAUCACAUUACAGAACGCUAUUUUCUACUGCCUGCAGUAUGGGGUUUGCUGAAUUUCAGCCUGCGAAUGCAAGUUUAUUUUUCCACCCUUGACCCAGGACUUCUCUUUUUUCCUUCAACUGCAGGAACAGGAAACGUUCCAAGGAAAGAAAAUAGCAUUAUAUUCACCAAAGUACUUGCUACAGUGUAAUGGAAGGAAGACCCAGCUGUCUUCCAUCGUACUACACAGCUUGAGAGAAACACUCUUUGUAGGCAGCUGAAGAGAAAACACAAUCGGCUGCAAUAUCUUGAAUGAAAAAACCCUCCUGUGGCAUAGGGAGAUGUGUGUGGGGUGGGGUUUUGCAGACUUAAUUAAGUUAAAGCACUUGCCAGGGUAACUAACGUCCUGUAUCGCACGUGGCCUGUAGUUUGCCACAAUGGCAAACAAAACGUGGCUGCCUGGUCUGAGCCUUCCAUCGCACCACACAGGACAUCGACACAACUGUCGAGCUACAUCUACUGAGAAACCAGCCCGGUUUAUGCCGACAUGGGCCCAUCCAGUAAAAGCAAAGGAUAUUUAUACAAGAUUUGGAUUAAAACAGAUGCUUUCCUAGCGGAAGCAACAAUACCCAAGGAGUACUGUACAUUAAGGUUUCAUUCUCUCAGGCUAUUGGGAUUUGUUUCCCCUUUUUCACUCUGUAAAUAUUUUGUAUGCCUCUUCACAUAAAUCUCUUGCACAGCUACCUCCUCCUUCCUUAGUAUUUUCCAUUAUCAGCGUCCCUAACUCCCAUACAGCUUCCAAAGCCUUGUCGAGACGUCCCUGGACUUUGCAACAGGCCUUUGAAAUGUCUCAGAGGGGAGGGAAAAAAAAGGCUUAGGUUAGAGUAGUUUUUUUUUAUGCAAGAAAUUCCACGCGGGCUUUUCUGCGUUACAACCCCUAACGCCGAACUAGCUCCGUUUUACUUGUGUUCAAGAGAAAAGGAUCAGAGCCCGGCAACACUGAGAAGGGCACCCUGCUCGUGCUACCAAAAACCACCGCCACCGCUAUGAAGGUGCAGGAACAGAAGUGCAAUGGCGAAGGAGUGAAAGUCAGCAGCGUUGCUCUCUCUUCCCCAAAACACCCUUUGACCACAGCCAGCGUGUCCUGCGGUGACAGCCGUGGUGGCUCCCAGCCGCGGUGCCUUCCCAGCCCUGCUCAGCAGUCAGGGUACGAUCAUCCUGCUGCCAGCCACUAAUACCUCGAAAUAAGCAUCGAGAAUAAAAAAGACCCUCCCCGCCCUAAACCGUGGGCACUUGCUGCAGCUACAGGUGCAAAAACAGGAGGCGGGGAAUGGAGUAACCCCAAAGAAACACCCCCCGGCACUUCCUCACACACAGGAAUAUGUACGGUAGAAGUGAAGGUACAAACUAUUUAGGUUUCAAAAGUCAAAUGCUCACAAAGUGGAAGUGAUGAUGUAUAGUAGUUUGCUAUCUUAAAAGCUCAUGUAUAUAACCGAUUUUUUUCCUUAUAUUUUUAUAUAUAGAACUACAUUUAUCGAACUUGCCUUUUUUAUAGAUAUACAUGUACAUAUGUACACGUAUGUGUAUUCAGGUAUUUAUAGCGAGAGAAUAAGCUUGUGUUUAAACACAUACCGCCUCUUCCAAGGGACCCCCUUCAAUACAGAGAGGAAAAAUAUGAAGGACUAGAUUUAGGAGUCCUGUACUCAGCUCCAAUUCUGAUGUUUCCCUGAAGUGCUGUGUUAGCCACCAAAAUAACCGCUGUAAACCAGAUGUUUUUCUUUACAUAAAUAGCAAUGCAAAGAAUGCUUUCUAUGUAAGCUUUUAACUUACACUGCGGUAUCAUUUUAUGUUCUUUCCCCCCGUGAAAUUAGUUUUUAAAUUGAAAAAGGAAGAAACACAAAAAAGCGUCCAGUCGCAUGUAUAGUGCACGCUGAAAGGUCUGAUGAGACUUUGGUGUGGUUUGGACUGUCCCAGCUGGUGGAAAUGGCCAGGCACACACCGCAGCCGCGCCGACGCUCCCCUUCCCGGCAGGUGAAGUGGUAACAAGAUGUGCCUCGAUUCCUCUGAUGGCUACAGGUGGAAUUAUUUUUCUUUGCAGCAAUUCGUACUCAGAGUUAUAAAGGAAAAAGGAUAGGGACAGUCAAAAAAUCACCACUUGGUUAAGAAGCGUUACUGCAAGACUUACCUCAUCCGAACCUUUUUCCCGAGGAUGGCGAGCUCUG